UCCCCUAAUUUGUCGCAAACGCGACAUAAACAAACAUGCCGUAUGAUUAAAUUAAUUUGUGUUUAAAGUUUUGUUCUCCCUCCUACUAGACACUCGUUUUUAUUGCUCUUCUCUCUGUAAUUCACCACUCUUCAGGUGGAUCAUUUAUGACCAGCCUUCUCCAUUUUUGAAUUACUACACACGAGAAGCCUGUCUUCUUCACUUCUACAUUUUCUUCUUGCUAUUCAUCGAAACCUACAAAAUUUGAAACUGGGGAGCUGGUUUUCGGGUUUUCGGAUAAGCUGCUGUGAUGCCGCGGGAAGGGAGAAUGGAUUCAGUGGUUUUUCUUAAUGAAAACUUGAGAGGCCUGAAGGGGCUGAUCACCUGUAACAACAAGAACAAGGCUAGUAAUAACAGUUUUAACUGCGGUGGUGCGGCUACGGAGGAUGUCAUCAAUGACAGUGAAUUGGCUCUCAGAAAAGCUGGAGAAGCAGCUUCACGGAGAUACGAAGCAGUGGAAUGGCUAAGGAAAAUGGAGCAAUGUGCGCGGGAGGUGCUUCCAAAAGAGCCAUCAGAAGAGGAAUUCUGUUUAGCUCUUCGCAAUGGUCUCAUCCUCUGCAAUGUCCUCAACAAAAUCAAUCCUGGGGCUGUUCUCAAGGUAGUGGAAAAUCCAGUAAUCGAUGUGGACGCAACAGAGGGUGCAGCACAGUCUGCAAUUCAGUAUUUCGAGAAUAUGAGGAAUUUUUUGGUAGCUGUUGGAGACAUGAAGCUAUUAACAUUUGAAGCAUCUGAUCUGGAGAAGGGAGGCUCGUCGAAUAAAGUUGUGGAUUGCAUUCUUUGUUUAAAAGGUUACUAUGAGUGGGCGCAAGCUGGUGGAAUUGGAGUAUGGAGGUAUGGCGGAACAGUGAGGAUCACAUCUUUACAAAAGUCGCCUUCAACACUGUUUGGCAGUGAAAGUGCAGAUGAUUCUUUUGAUGAAUCUGGAUCAUUACAAUAUGAAGAUCUACUAGAACUUCUUCAGUUAUCUAGCGAUGUGUCACUUGAGGAAUCCAGAAUGGCCAAUGACUUGAGUGUCAUGUUUGAUCGUUUUGCACUAGCACUUUUACAACAAGCCUAUCUCACAGAUACAGAUGGACUUGAAGACCCUCCAUUAAAUUCAAUGGUAAUUGAUACUGUUCUUGCAACUGUCACAAAGAAACUAUUGGCAGUCAUCAGCUCUCAAGGCAAUCAGCUUGGACUCUAUUGUAAGAAAAUAUUGAAAGGUGACGGGCUAUCUGUAUCAAAGUCUGAGUUUCUAGAAGCUAUCAGAAACUAUCUCCAUCAAAGGACUAGUUUGGUAUCAAGUGACAUCUCUAGGUUAUGCAUUUGUGGUGGGAAAUACAAUGGCAUGUGGCAUGGAGACCUUGCCGAUAAAGACAGAGUAAAUGACCUUCAACGAAAACAAGAGGAAUUAGAAUCUUCUUUCAGAGAAACAAAGCUAGAAGUUCAGCAGGCUCAUUUAACAUGGAAACAAGAACUUGACAUGCUUGUUAAUCAUACCAAGAGCCUUGAAGUGGCUGCUUCUUCAUACCAUAAGGUUUUGGAAGAAAACCGCGUAUUACACAAUCAAGUUCUAGACUUGAAAGGAACAAUCAGAGUUUAUUGUAGAGUGAAGCCUCUAGUCUCCGGGCAGGAUGAUGCAAAAUCCACAGUGGAAUACAUUGGGGAAAAUGGAGAUAUUAUGAUUGUCAAUCCACAUAAACAAGGAAAAGAUUCAAGAAGGGUUUACUCUUUCAACAAGGUCUUUGGAGCAAAUGUGACACAACAACAAAUAUAUGUAGACACUCAACCGCUAAUAAGAUCUGUUCUUGAUGGUUAUAAUGUUUGUAUAUUUGCUUAUGGACAGACUGGCUCAGGCAAGACAUACACAAUGAGCGGCCCUGACAUGACAUCACAGGAAACAUGGGGUGUCAACUAUCGAGCUUUACGGGACUUGUUUGAAAUUUCAAAAGAAAGGGCAGAGGCUAUAGAAUAUGAAGUUGGUGUGCAAAUGAUUGAAAUAUAUAAUGAACAAGUGAGAGAUCUGCUGGUCAUCAAUAGCGCGAAUAGAAGGCUAGAAAUACGGAACAAUUCUCAGUUGAAUGGUCUCAAUGUUCCCGACGCAUCUUUGGUUCCAGUUAAAUGUCCUCAAAAUGUUCUUGAUUUAAUGGAAAUCGGCCUUAAGAAUCGUGCUGUUGGAGCCACUGCAUUAAAUGUGAGGAGUAGCCGUUCUCACAGUAUAUUAACUAUUCAUGUUCGAGGAAAGGACCUAGUUUCCGGGUCCAUAUUAAAGGGUUGCCUUCAUCUUGUGGAUCUAGCUGGAAGCGAAAGGGUGGAUAAAUCUGAGGCAGUAGGUGAGAGAUUGAAGGAAGCUCAACAUAUUAACAGGUCUCUUUCUGCACUGGGAGAUGUCAUUGCUGCUCUUGCACAAAAAAGUACACAUAUCCCCUACAGAAAUAGCAAGCUCACUCAAGUACUCCAAGAAUCACUGGGAGGACAUGCAAAGACGUUAAUGUUUGUUCAUGUAACUCCUGAGGUUAAUGCUAUAGGAGAGACUAUCAGUACCCUCAAGUUUGCUGAGAGGGUUGGUUCAAUAGAACUUGGUGCAGCAAGAUCUAAUAAAGAAAUUGGCGAAAUACGAGAUAUAAAGGAGGAGAUUUCACAUCUGAAGCUGGCUUUAGAGAAAAAGGAGGCUGAACUAGAACAGCUGAAAAAGACAAAUAUUCGAGGACCUUCGCCACUUCGUGUGCCACGUCAGAACAUCACCGCCAGCUUGAAGCCUGAAUGUAGUCAGCAGCCUGUUGAUAACACCAAAGACUCCGAGAUUAGAAGUUGUUCCACGGGUAAACAGAGAAAGUAUCGCCUACCGUCUAAGUUUACAGACAAGGAUGUACUGCCAAAAUUGUCUUUUCUACCAGAGGAGAGAUCAACAUGCUCGGGGAAACCAAGGUCACCUUCACCUCCUGUUAGGAGAUCUAUAUCAACAGACAGGGGGGCACUCAUGAGAAGUAGGGGAAAACCUGAUACAACAGACAAUCGGUUGAUGAAACUACAGUUUCCCCCCAAAGCUUCUGUAAAUAAAUCUUUUGCUACAAUACUAGAAAUUCAAUCAUCUGAGACCACCAGAAAGGGAGGUUCAGGUUCACAAGAAAAUAUCUCUGAUGCAUCUUCCAAAUUCCAGAAGGUAAAACCCAGAAAAUUCCUAUCAGAAAAUGAAAAAGAUCAGUUUAAGCAGGCACUUAAUGUAAAACAAGGCGGCAUCAGGAAAAGCAAGGCUGAUGGCAUGGAGAAGGUCAAGCAUCAGCUGCCAGCUAAGGUUCAGAAAUCUGACAUUGCUGUUAAUUUUCUUUCUGAUUUAAAUACCGGGGGAACAAGGGAGGAGUUUCAAAAGAGUGACUCAGAGCCUGAAAAUGAACAAAGGUUCCCCAAGCCACUAACACGCGGUAAAUUUAAGGCUAAAAAGUUCCGCCAAGACUUCAUAAGGAAUUCUCAGUAUGUGGAAUCGAGAGACCCUGAACAGGCAUUGGAUUUCGCUUUACCUGGAGUAAAUGAAAAUAAGCUUUCAAACAAUAUAAAUUGGCAUCCAAAGGAAGGCAGCACUCCUCCCAAGCUUGAAUGUAAAAGGAGUCGAUCUUCACCCCGUGGAAAAUUUGUUCUUUUACCUUGAUACCAAACGGUGUUCAGUUUUAAUUUCCUGAGUCCCAAGUUGGUGGUUAUUUAAACAACAGAGGGAGGUGAAAUACGGUGACAAUCCAAACUAUAUAUCAGUUAUCAUUCUUAUAUUCUAGUCGAAAGGUAAGUUAUCAGGUCUGUCUGCUCUCCUGUGAGUAAUAUGUUUAUUCAAUUAUCAUUCUUUUUUCCUUUCCCGAGUUAAUGUAUAUAAAUUUGCUAAAUAUAGUGAAUCCCAUUUUGUUAGAUCCACAUGGGAUAUUGUAAGUUUAUUGAUCACUUCACAUUGCCACUCAUUAUGGAGAGAGGUUAUUUGGUGGUGGUUAAAGAAGUCGUUUUCUG